AUGCUGCUACUGUUGCCAUUGUUGCUGCCGUUGCAUGAGGCAGCCACACCAGGCGCAGGACUAAAUCGACGCGCUAGAAUAACAGCCAAAAACAACAAUAACAACAACACAUACAGCCUGCAGCAAAACUUGACACAAACGGAGGCCAAAUCGCUGCCAGCAACUAGCAGUGGCAUCAAUGCCGUUGUGGACAGCACAUCAAAGGCAACCAAAUUGAAAACAUCUGCAGCCAAUGUUGCAAGCAAAUAUGAGAUACGCGGCGUCUCCGGUGAACCAAAUUACAAAUCGGUGAAUCUGACCUGGGAAGUUGAAUUCGUGCCUGCUGGCAGUGGCAGUGGCAAUGGGACUGGCAGUGGCAGUGGAAACGAUGGCGACGGCGUGACAAAUAUGAGCGUCGAUGUGGAACCGCCCAAAGCAUUUCAGAUUUUCUAUUGUGAAAUGCAGAAUUAUGGGCCGCAGCGUUGCCGCGUCAAGCUGGUGAAUGGCACGGCGGUGCAAAGCAACGAAGUCACCUCCGAACAGACGGGGUAAGUUAAAAGAUCAUCUCAACACCAUUGCCAUACUCUUUCUGGCAGCCCUCUUCGUGUGCAACACUUUGCGGCAUUGGUGGAGAAUCUGCGCAUGGCCACAAAGUACAGCUUCCACAUACGUCCGGCCGCGCAGAGGCGGGCGAGCAUGCGGACGAGCAGCGCACGCGCGGAGCUCUUCAAUGAGAACGAAAUCGAGAGUGAGCUGAGCCGCGGCCAUCUGGCUGGGCAGAGCAUCGUGAUACCCACGAAGGGCUUUUCGGCGCAUGCCACACAAUGCCUGCCGCAUGCCUCAGAGAUUGAGGUGGAGACGGGCCCCUACUUUGGCGGUCGCAUUGUUGUCGAUGGCGGCAAUUGUGGCGUCAAAGGUGAUGCCUCGGAUGCCGCAGACAAGUACACAAUGCGCAUUGAUCACAAGCAAUGCGGCAGCAUGGUUAAGCCCGAGACGAACACAGUCGAGACUUUCAUCACAGUACAGGAGAAUCUAGGAAUUUUUACUCACAGCACUAGGCGCUUUGUGGUGGUCUGCAGCUAUCAGUCGGGCAUGCAAACGGUGCGGGCCAGCUUUACAGUUCCUGGCAAGCAAGGAGUGGCCGCUGCCAUUGAGCCAAACGAUCCCUUCGAGCCCGACGAACUGCGCCUGGGCCGAGAAAUGCGUCACAUGCGCUAUGUGAACAAGAGUGAGCUGGUGCUGAAGGACUCCUCCUUGAAUCUAGAAGAAAUAGCUCCAUCUAGCUCCAGCGAGGAGCAGCCCGCAAUGGUUGUGGAGACCCAAGCACCAGAACAGCAGCAGUCCUCAUUGAAUGCCAGUCGCCAGCAGGGUCGCGCCCUCAGUCUGGCCAGUCUCAGUGAAGUCAAUAACAUGGCACAGCAGCUCGCGGAGCUCGAGGUGGUGGAGGGGGAGGAGGCGCCAGCACAGAAACAAAGGCUGGAGCAUUUAAACACAAAAUAUGCCAAACUGGUUGUCGAUCAGCCAGCGCAUGGCUACAAGACCUGGACGACGGCACAGGCCGUAAAGCUGAAGCAACCACAUAUGAUGGCCGCUUCUGCUGCAGAUGAUGCCAACGAUGAGGUCUAUGCCGCCACGCUGCAUUACAUAAGCGCCAAUCUGGGCAGCGUGCUCGUAACUGUUUCCAUAUCUGUGAUAAUCAUCAGCAUUUGCAUCAUUGUCGUACAUCGGCUGGCGUCGCAGCGUGAGCGUCUGCGCCUCAAAUCGAAUAUGGCUCUGCACAAGACGUCUUCGUCGUCUUCAGCGUCAACGUCGGCGCCGUCCUCCCAUUUGCCGCACAAAACGCUGCCGCGUGCGCUCCAGCAACAGUACCAGUGCACCUUGUAG